AUGAUUAAUACCUCACCUUUAAUUGGCUCAUUUAAGAAUGAUCUUGAUCUUUGUCUGUAUCUAGUAAAGCACCAACAACUUGUUGAAUUAGCAUUGAAUAUGAUAACAGCAAGUGGUUGCAAGAAAUCCAUUACUCAGAGAAAGAAGGCCAAGGCGGCUAAUAAAUUUGAUGCACUUUCUGAAAAGGCAAAUCAGCCAACGACAUGGCAAAUUGCCAAUUAUAUCAAUGAAGAUAACUGGACAAAUUUCAUGAAAUGUCAUAUGGAUAUGAUAGAUGUACAAAAAACAUUUGAAGAACAGUGUGUAAAUAUUAACAUGUUUACCGAUUUUAUACAGUCAGCUUUUAACCUCUUUGUCCAAGAAGAACUUUUGGACCAAGAAGUUGUCAAUGAUGUUAAAGACCUGAAUUAUAAGAUGGUUGAUAUGGAAGUUUUCACCGCGGAUAGAGAGGAGGCUUUACAACAAAUAAACAUUAGUUCACAAGAUCCAUCAUGCAAAACUCUGUUUAUUAAUGAUGAUUUCGAUUACAGUUUCUCUACAGCUCCAGAUGCAUUGGAUAGCAUUUCAGACAUGAUGAGCAACAAUAACCAACUUAUUAAUAACAAUUUCAAAAGUAGCUCUUUUACAACUUCGAAUGCACUAAGUAGUGCUUUGGACACGAUAAGUAGCAGUGAUCAAUCAAUAGUUACGAGUGAAAUUGAAUUACAAGAGUCAGAAACUGAAUGCACACAAUCUAUAGCAGACAGUGGAAUUAAUUUUUAG